AUGAUUUGUCGAUUGAAGCUCUUUCAACGUCAAAUUCGGUCUUUUUCGACUGUGCUGCCUCGCUUGGUUGAUAGUGUCUCUGGAGAACUGAAAGUCAUUCAACAAAAGGGGAAAACGUUAUCCUGGUACAGCUGUGGCCCAACGGUGUAUGAUUCUUCUCACGUUGGACACGCUCGGACAUAUGUGCAGAUUGACUUAUUGCAACGUAUUCUAUCGCGCCGGUUUGGGAUGAACAUCCACUCAGCAAUGGGAAUCACGAAUAUUGACGAUAAGAUUAUAAACAAGUCAAGACAGACGAUGAUUCCGUGGCAAGAAAUCGCGUCUCGCUAUGAAGAAGAAUUUAUAAAUGAUAUGCAGCGAUUGAAUGUGAAAAUGCCCAUGUCCGUUGUUCGAGUGAGCGAUAUGAUUCCAGAAAUUGUCGACUACAUUCGCGUCCUUGAGGACAAGGGAAUAGCAUACAAAACAUCUUCAGGGAUCUAUUUUGAUACUCAAUCCUCUCUCUACAAAUAUGAGAAACUGGUGCCUUCCAUUUCAGACGUGGAGAGUCAGAGUCGUUUAGCGCAGGAUCCAGAAAAGCGUCAUCCGCGUGAUUUUGCUCUGUGGAAGCGAGCCGAUGACAUCGAUUAUUCGUGGGAUUCUCCGUGGGGUCGAGGUCGUCCGGGCUGGCACAUCGAGUGCUCCGUGAACUGUCAUUCGUUGUUCGGCGAUCAUCUCGAUGUGCAUGCAGGAGGGAUCGAUCUGCGUUUUCCGCACCACUGCAACGAAAUAGCGCAGUGUGAAGCUUAUAGUGGUGGUGGUGGUGGUGCAUGGUGUGACAUGAUGCUUCACAUCGGCCACAUUUUUAUUGAAGGUCGAAAAAUGUCCAAGUCACUAAAAAACUUUAUCACAAUUGACCAGCUUCUUCAGACCUAUUCUGCCAACGAUUUCCGCAUGUUCUGCAUGCUGAAUCAUUACAGUGCGCGCAUCCAGCUCGACGAUAAUGGGCUGGUCGAGGCACAGCGUCAAUGGAAAGCGCUCGAAGCUUCGAUUCAUCGAGUCCAAACAGAGCUUUCGAAAGGAAGCCGUUUUGGUGAUUCUGAUUCGCGUGUGGUGAGGCGAUGGCUGGAGAAAUGGAACGAAACAAAAACCAAAAUCGACGAGAGCUUGGCGAACGACAGCAACACACGGCAAGUCGUGUCCGAGACGCAGAAUCUUCUCCAUGAGAUUGAGAAAUGCUUGCUGGAGAAUCGGCAGGCGCUUGCAGGUCGCGUGGCAUCGCUGAUAGCGAAUGAGAUGAUCGAUCUGUACACCGAUCUGGGGUUCGUUUUUGACGCCAAACCAACGGAAAUGAGAGAUAAGGAGAUGAUCGAUGCGCUCUGCGAGUUUCGUUCUGCAGUCCGAACGAUUUGUUUGAAAGACACGCACAGCGAGGUGAGUCGGGAAGUCCUUCAAGCCUGCGACGCGCUGCGUCAGAGCGCUUCGGAUCGGUUUGGAAUCACCAUCAUCGAUGGGAAAUCGGAUGUCCGCUGGGUGGUGGGUCCGUUGCCAAAAAAGCAGCCGAAGAAAGCCAAGCAGGAGGGAUUGAAUCCGUCGGUGCCUCCCUCGGAGAUGUUUCUGGGCAAUUCCGAGUUUUCUGCGUUUGAUAAGGAGGGAAUUCCAACGCAUGAUAAGGACGGAAAGCCUCUGUCAGCUUCGCGGUUAAAGAAGUUGCGGAAGCAAUAUGCUACGCACAGUUUGAUCCAUUCGAAGUGGUUAGAACAAAAGAAAAGAUGUGUUUGUUUGUUGGUAGAUACAACUCGAUAG